CCCGGAAGUUAUUUUGCUGACUUGGGUAGCUUCACUGUGCUUGAUGAUUGCACCAUGAGCGUGGGCGAUCGCGCGAUUCGGUUCGAACCACAUACAUAUAUAAUAGCCCCUCGCAGCCAGAACACGCUCGAUUCUCUAGUUCUCUACGCGGCCGCGUCGGGUGCAUCUUUCUACAAAACCACAACGAAAAGGCCCCCAAUUUAUCGCUUGAUUACAGUGUGCCUUACGCUGUCCGACGGGAUAUCGUUGGGGAGACUCCGUGAGUCGGGGUAUGUGCAGAUCUGGACACUGGGAAAGCGCACAUUUCCUUCAUUACUCCGUAGAGGCUGAAGCGCACUUGCGCGGGAAUGUGAUAAGAAGGCGGUCUAGGAUCGGGCUUUGGUUUUUUUUUCUUUUCUUAACUACUUAGUUCGCACACGUACUUAAGAAAUCCAAUUUUCUCUGUACUCGCGCAAACCUAUUGUUGACCCCGUCUGAUCUGUGUUCCCUUGAACUGCCAUGGCGACCAAGAUGUCGAACGGAGCGGCACCCGGGCCUGAGAGGGCCCCGAGUCCCCGCGUCGUGCCCAUGAAGGUGAUUGUCUGCGGUCUGAUGAGGACGGGCACACUAAGUGUGAAGGCUGCGUUGCGGCAGCUGGGCAUCCACGAUGUAUACCACAUGCAGACAACUGGGACGAACCCCGAAGAUAUCCCAGACUGGAUGCGGGCAAUCGACGCAAAGUAUAACGGUAAGGGGCAGUUCACCCGCGAGGAUUGGGACAAGCUCCUGGCCACCUACCAGGCCACAACCGAUCUCCCGGCCUCGCUCUUCGGCACCGAACUGGCGCGCGCCUACCCAGAAGCAAAGGUCAUCAUCCUCAACCGCGAGCGCGAGAAGUGGUACAACUCGUGCCUGACGUCGAUCCACGCCGCCUUCAGCUCCAUCACGCUCCUCGACAAGAUCCUCAUCAUGCUCUUCGACCCUUACCUUCGCCAGCAGGCCAUCUUCCACCACAAGGUCAACACCCAGGUGCAGGGGUUUGCCUGGCCCGAAAAGGAGAAGGCGCUGGCGUUCUACGAUCGCUACUAUGACGAGUGGCGGAAGGAGAUCCCCAAGGAGCGCGUCCUCGAGUACCGUGUCCAGGACGGCUGGGGACCGCUCUGCAAGCAUUUGGGCGUCCCUGUGCCCAUGGUCGAGGUCAAUGGACGCAUGGUUGAAGCCGAGUACCCCAGGCUGAACGACGGCGCGUCGAUGCUCGCGGCCGCGAAGAGCAAGUGCCGGGCCAUGAGGAAGAGGGUGUUUUGGAGAUUGGCCGGGUGGGUGCAGACUGUCGGCUUUGUGGGUCUGUUGGCGUAUGUAUUGUCUUCCAGGCAAGGCAGAGUUCCUCUUGGGUUCUCGGGUUGGACUAGUAGCAAAUCACUUUGAGGGAGAUUUGGGAAGGAGUCUUGAAGGGAAUGGUUUUGGUUAUCGUUUCGUCUCUCGUUAUGUCCUGACCAUCUUUAGGUCUUUGCUUAGCUGGCACAAUCUUUCAUAGACUGGGAAGUUCGGGUAUAGUUCGUUCAGCCUCCGCUUAGGUUCCUGGUUCUCCUUGCGCCUCAUUGGUGCAUAUGACAAAGAAAUGAUCUCAUUCUCGGAGGAGUCCUAAUCUUUCCCAACGUCUUUGCGGGCUGCAGAUUCCUCGUUGUGUAUUCAUGCUACAUGUACAUCCCAGCUCAGUUUGAUAUCAUGAUCCGGAGCUGAGACAUUGGCCUUGGCAGUGAGGAAAGAGUGUAAGAGUUUCUUGGACUCUGAGGGUUUUGCCAGUGAGGAUCGUGGACAUUGUG